AUGGCGACCGGAAAGCUACACUCACUGCCACCAAAGCCCAGCCUGGUAGUGGAACCGCUCAUCAGAGCCAAGAAACCAGAUGACGGUUGCGAUCCCGUCAGAGAUGUGGUCAAGCGGCCGCUUUCCAACAAGGGAGCAAGGCGUCGGACCCCAUAUGACACGCCGAGGAAGACCACAAUCAACGGCCAGCAGAGCAGGGCCUCAAAGUACCCGGCCCCAUCACGCGCCCACAGCCCAGCGGCGAAGUAUAGGAGGGCAGACUCUGCCGGUGCGAGUAGAGGCAUCUCUGUUCCCGGCCAGCAGUCGCGCCGGGAAGAUCGAGACUACCCGGCCACCAUGUCCAGGGACAGGGUGCCGGGAGCCUCGAGGAAGACAGACCAUGUCCCCCGGACGGCCACUGGCACUGGCUUGGGGCGCUCGCCUGAGGCUAUCCUAGGCUACAGGGCCCCCGGGUACAGUGGCCCGACCCCGAGCCCGAACCACAGUGGCGAAACCAAGGCCAGAACUGCCGUGACCUACCCAGGCGAUCGUAUCGCUGAAUCUCAGCAAGCGGUAGCCAAGACCGACGAGACGACGAGGGAUCACCGUGACCCCGAGCAGGCGCUGGUCAGGAACAGCAACGAGGCGGCCAAGAAUCCCCAAGCUCCCAAGCAAGCGUUGGUUGAGAGAGGCGGGGAGGCGACCAGUGAGCGUCAUGGCCCCAAGCAGGCGCUGAUCGAGAAGACCGAUGAAGCGACCAAGGGCCAUCACGGCUCUAAGCAAGCGUUAGCCGAGAAAAGCAACAAGUUCACCCAGUCUCGCAGUGCCAACCAGGAGCAGGUGCCCGCGAGAUCUGCUAUAGAUGAACCCAAGAAAACGCUGGCCGGAAACAGCGGCUCGGCUACCCAAUCUCGUCCUGCCCAUCAUGGGCAAGCAGCUGCGAGGUCUGCUGCCGAUACACUCCAGAAAGAGCUGGUCAGGAACAGGGAGGCGACCAAGGACCGCCGUGGCCCCAAGCAGGCGUGGGUAAGGAGCGACGAUGAAACAAAGAUAACCAAGUUCUACCCCGACAUCGACCGAACGGUGGCCAGAAACAGCCACGAGUCUCGCCGCUCCCAUAAGGAGCAGGUGCGUGCGGGAUCUGCUGUCAAGGCGAUCAAGCAAAUUUUGGCCAGGAAGAACGGCGAUAUGACCCAGCCUCACCAUGCCCAUCAGGAGCAAGCACCUGUGAGACCUGCUGCCAAGGGACCAAAGAAGACGUUGGCCAGAAAGACCGACGAGGCUACCAAUGGUCACCAUGUCCCCAGACCGGCGUUGGCCAAACAGAACGGUGAUGUAAGCCAGCUUCGCCGCGCACAUAAGGAGCGGGUACGUGCGAGAUCUGUCGCCGACGGGCCCAAGCAAGCGUUGGUCAGCAGCAACGGCGAGAUCACCAAGGGCCACCCUGGUCCCAGCCCGGCGUUGGCUAAGAAGAACGACGAUGUGUCCCAGCCUCGCCGCGUCCGCAAAGAGCAAGUGCCUACGAGAUCUGCUACCGACAGACCCAAGAAGAAGCUGGUUAGGAAGGGCGACGAGGUCAUCAAGACCCACAAAGGCCCCAGGCAGGUGCUGGCAAGUGACAACGGCGAUGCCACCAACGAUCGCGAUGCCCCUAGACCGGCGUUGGCCAAGAAGAGCAGCGAUGUGGCCCAGCCCCACCACGCCCAUCAGGAGCAGGUGCCAGCGAGGGCUGGCGCCGAGGGACCCAAGCAAGCGUCGGUCCGGAGGAUCGGCGAGCCGGCCAAGAACCGCCAUGGCGUGCAGAAGCGGCCGGUCGCGAAGCCUUCAGCCGGCACCACAGGCAAUGCCUCCGCUCCGCGCGAUGUGGUCGCCAAGAAGCGCCCGCGAGCUGCCGUGGCGCCGGCCGGCUCCCGCGCGCUGUCCAUCAAGCGCAGGGCCGUCGCCGUGCAGGCCAAAGCCGAGCACCUCACCAGCGUCUACGACGCCGACGCCUUCCGCCGCAGCAACUACAAGCGCAUCUUCGACGGGCCCAAGCCGACGCCAGAGGACAUGCCGGUGCCCGACUUCGUCGGCGACGCCUGCUACGCGUCCGACGAGACGCUAGCCGGCCGCGCCGAGUGCGCCAUGUCGGAUACCCUCAUGUACAGCGACAUUGACGAUCCCAACGCCUUCGUCCAUCCCGUCCCCGAGCCGCUGGUCACGCUCACCAGCCCGUUUGGCGAUUUCCUCGUCGCCAACGAUCCCUUCUCGGACGGGGAGACUUACCCUUUCAACCAUUUCGGAAUGAUGGGAAGCUGCUGGGAUGCGCGCAAGGCACCACCAGAGCUCAAGUUCACAUCCGGAGACAGUAUUUGACUUUGACCAGAUUCCUACCUUUUCGACCGGGGUCGACGCCUCCGUGGCGGACUUGGUCUAUUCUUUUCAACCACUUUACUCCCCUUUCAGCUUCUUUGUUUCCAUUUCACUUUCAUUCUUGA